UAACAAGGACUAUAUACACUAGCUUUUGCUCGACUUCAUUUUUCAACAUUCCAUUUUUUCCGUUCGGGUGGUAAUUUCGAGAACUUCUUUAUUAGUGCUCCCCUAGGAUCCUAAAUUUCAACUUUCAAAGCCCAGUAGUUAUUAUAUACAACUAUGCGUCGUUUGUUAGUCACAGAAGAAUUUAAUAUAAAACUAGCGGCCCGUCCUGACCUCGCUCAGGUAAAAUCAAAAUAAAUUAUACACCUAAACCUUCCUCAGGAAUUACACUAUCGAUUGGUGAAAAACGUACAAAAAUCCGAAGAUUUUAUCGCCUACAGUUGUCUGUAGGCGUCUGUUUGUACAGACGUUGAGACAGACGCGGCAUGGAGGACAUUUUUUAUAAUAUGUGAGGAUAGGAUAUAAGGAUUGUUUGAACGAGACAAACUAAAACUUCAUGUUAAAACCUACCUAUCUGCUUACGAAUACAAAACGCUGGUACUUAAGCCCUAGCUUUACCUUAGGCGGCUGAAUUGAAUGAAGGCCUACAGUUUUAUAUCUCGAGCGAGCAGAUAUAGCAAUUACUUGUUUAGUAAAAGGAGAGAUUUAUUUUUUCCGGAUUGUGUGUACGUAACCGAUAACGAAUAUUAGGAAAUACGUUCCGCGGAUGUCGGCGUCAUGGCCGCCAUAUUAUGUAUAAGAAUUAUCCAAUUAGGAAAUACAAACAUGAGAUUCAGGAACUGAAAUUAUAGGGCUUUAUAAAUGUUUGCUAGAGUAGUUUGUUAUUAUAAAUGCGAAAGUUUGGAUGUGUGUAUGCGAGUUGAUACUCGACCACAGGAAAUACUGCUAGAUGAGUUCCGAUGAAAUUCAGUAUACCUAAGGGUAGAAUAUUACCUAGAAAUAGUACGUCUCUUUCACUUCCACGACCUUUUAGUGAUCCCGAAAUUUCCACAGGGGCGAAACUCCGGGCUCAGCUAGAAUUGUCACGGUAUGGAAGUCGAAAUUUAACAUUUUAUUUAAAUAAACAUGUAAUUUGACGAUUUCACAGCAAGCAAGAAGAAUUACAAUAUUUAUUAUUGUCUUAAAAGCGUUUCUCAAUCGAACAUUUACAUAAUUUUUAGAAUUAGACUUUUCAUACAUAUAUCCAGUUUAAGUUAAAGGUAAUUUGUUUAUCACUUGAAUGAAUUAGCUCCUUGUAAGUAGCAAGCCAUGUCACCACCCCGUGAAAAAAAUUACGAUAACGUGGCCUUAAUACUUAAGUACUUACCUAAGUACUAAGUAGGCUAACAUUUAAGCUUGCAAUAUCAAUUGAUAGGUAAUUUCAUAUAAAAAUUAUACGGUGAUAUGGUACCAAAAAUAAUCAAUCAUAAGUUAAUUAAAUUACUAACGGGAAUAAAAAUCAUAAGUUUAGAAAAUGUCAUUUAAAAUAAUUUCAGCCAUAAAUUUAUUCAAGAACACAAUUUGCACCCGCAUAUGGUAAUCCAAUUUUAGUUAAUCACCGUGUUAUAAAUAGAUUGAAUAUUUACAAAUAUUCACAGACAAUUAAGCAUUUCAGGAAUGAAUUUACAUUCAGGAAAUUGUAGGAUUUAUCAACCGAUCGAAAAAAUGUCAAGAGCGGCAUUAAAUUUAUAUUUAUUUAUUUACACAAUUAAUUUAUUUAUAAAAAAAAUACGGCAAUAUCGGUACUUCCGCCGCUACUCAUUAUAAACAACAAGACAACAAACAACCAUGUGUCGGUUAUUUAGCUGGACUAACUUAUUAAGAUAACAUUAUUUUGUCAGAGGCUUAACAAACCUUGGGUGAGGGCCUAUUCGAUAGUCAGGCCUGUAAUAACAUAAAGUCAUGAGCAAAUUAUCGUCCUUCUGAAAUGGUGAGUCAAUCCAAUAACAAUAGAAUCGAUGGGCCGAUAAACUUGGCUAAGAGUUACAACACUAAAUUCUAGAAGAAAAAAAAAUGUCAUUUCGUCAAUAUAACAGCUGUCACAGUGACACUGUCAAUUAUAGUUUAUUUAUGUUUACGUUUUGUGCUUACUUUCCAUUUUACAUUUCCGCGUUGUCUCGUACAUUUAUCGCAUUUUUCCAACAACUUGACUCACUUAUUGAGAUAAACAAUACUGUGCAAAGGUAAAAAAUAAAUAUUUACAAUGGAGAACUUGAAAAACAUCUGGAAACCAGAACUCUAUCGCAUUCAAAUGGAGGCACCUUUACCGAAACGUUUAGUGUGUGACAACUGCCCCGAUAGGCCCGAAUUCUACGGCAAAGAAUAUCAUGGUGUUAUGGGACACAAGGAAGCUACAUCACUAUUAGAAGAGGAGCCUAAUGGGGCAUUUCUAAUUAGAAAAGGAAAUCAGUAUAAUGACUUUUAUACACUCACAUGGAGGUUUAAUGACAAAGUACACCACUAUAAGCUUUAUUAUGAUGGAACACAUUAUAUAAGAGACAAGCAGUAUGAAACUGUUUACGACUUAGUAGCUGAUGGCCUCAUCACCUGCCACAUGGAACUGAAGGCCCACCAUAUACUGGAGAUGAUAAACUCCCAAACUAGUUAUACGGACAGUCCAUAUGUAACACUGAAUAGGAGGAAAUUGAAUACAUUGUCACAAAUAAAACAGAACUCAAAUCGCUCCAGCCCUGUCACAAAAAAGAAGGAAACUCAUAAAAUAGAAGAGAAUGAUACUCUAAAGAAGUCAGCGUUUGAUCUCACACCGACUCUGGAAGACAACCCGCUUCUGAUCAAGUAUUCAAAGACUCAUACAUUCAAAGUGCACACAUUUAAGGGCCUCAAUUGGUGCGAGUUGUGUGCCAACUUUUUAUGGGGAUUUACAGCUCAAGGAGUUAAGUGUGAAGACUGCGGAUUCAUAGCUCAUACAAAAUGCUCAGAGAGGGUGCCCAACCACUGUGUACCAGAUCUAAAGAAACUCCGGGGAGUCUUCGGCAUAGAUCUGACCACUCUACUGAAUGCGCAUGCGAGUACACUACCCUUUGUUGUGAGGAAGUGUGUGAACGAGAUAGAAGCUCGCGGUAUGGAUUCUGAGGGCAUCUACAGGGUGUCCGGGUUCGCGGAUGAGAUUGAAGCGUUGAAAAUGGCUUUUGACAAAGACGGCGAAGCGGCAGAUCUUAGUGUUUACAGCAACAUCAAUGUGGUGGCGGGGACUCUCAAGUUGUAUCUGCGUUUGUUGCCCGUUCCUUUGAUUACGUAUGAAGUACACCCAAAGCUUGUUCAAGCUAUACAAACGAAAACGCCCGCGUCACUAAUAACGCUCCUGAGGGAAUGUCUCGACUCACUCCCUCCGGCGCAUUUUAACUGUCUCCAGUAUAUGGUGCAGCAUUUACACAAGGUGUCCCAGUACGCGGAAGUAAACAAAAUGAGCGCUCACAACUUGAGCACAGUUUUUGCACCGACGUUGGUCGCCACGCCGCCCGCCAUCACAGACCUGGCGUUCGAAAUCAGGGCACUGCAGGCCCUCAUAGAGUAUUGCCCGCAAAUCUAUUACGGAAAUAAGUAGACAUAUAUUUAUAAUCUCCGCACCAGCAUACUUUGAGCAAAUAUAUAGUUUAGGCAAAAUUGUUAAACGUACCGAAAUAUCAUCAGAUUAGGACUUUUGACACCCUUAUUGAAAAAAAGAAAACAAUCUAAUUUCAAAAUCAAAUCUACGUUUUUUUUUCUCUUUCAUUCUGAGUGGUGUGUAGCCCUGACCAUAUAUUUAUUGAAAAGAGUUAAAAAAACUCUUAAUUCCAAAUUAUGUCCAUAAUCGUGGCUGUUUGUGAUGUGUUACUGGCCACAAUUAUUUGUAAACAAAAAAAGUCUGAUUUUUUUACAUUCAUAUUAUUUUAGUAGGUGCUAGAUUAAUUCGAGGCUUUGCCUGUUAACAAAAUGUGAUACGGUUCCGUUUUUACCUUUUGAGGUAUGAAACCCUAACUAAAAUAUUUGUUAAUGGGCCUUACUUAUGCAUUUAUAUACAUUUUUACAAAACAUGUUUAUGUGUGGUAUUAUUAUUUGUAUAAGUGACUUUUUAAAUGUAGUUAUAAGGUAUACUGUCUAUUCAAUCUCAAGAUAAUAAACAUAGUAUUAAUGUCGUAUUGUGCAAUAAUAUGCCUAUUAUUAAGAUGCCUGUAAAACCUAAUCGAAAUUUUACCUAUUGUUUUUAAAAUUGAUUGAACCUUUGUUUUAAUUCAAUUAAUUAAUGUGAUAAGAACUUAAACAUUUGAUCUUUGUAAAAGAUUUCCUUAAAAACCAUUCCAGGUUGUGUUAUAUAAGUAUUUUAUUAUAUUUUGUACCAAAUGUUUACUUUUGUAUCAAUACCAAUGUGCGUAAUAAUAAAAAGCGUAAUACAUGAAUAAAAUUUAAAAAAGAUUA